AUGGCUCAAACUUGCUCAUAUAGGAGAAAAAAUUUCGUUACGGAGUGGAAAUAUGAUCAGUUAUCCAAGCAAAUGGUAUUUUUCUUCAAUAUCACUGAUCCUAGUACUAAAUUCCUUAGUGGCAUUGCCAUUGGUGAUAGCAGUGACUCGGAGCCAUUUGUGUUUAUUGGAGUUCGAAAUUAUAAAGAGAAUCCAGAUACAGUUAUUCAUCACUUCGACAUUCAUUCCGCAAAAAAAAGAAAUCAAAACAAUACUUCUACGAUCAAACGAAAAAAUGGAUUUAUUGUUGCGAAUAUCACACAACCAAUGUUUUCACCAAAUUCGGAAAAUUUCAAUCUAUCUUGUUUCACCAUUUAUUUUUCAAAGCAAUGGAAUAUUGCGAAAACUGGCGCAAAUGAAUAUAAUUGGUCAUCAAGUGACAAUAGGACUGUGUGUACCAACCAGUGUCUUUUACUUGAGAAUCCUCCACCAGAUCACCUCAUUUCCUCAAAUGAAAUAAUUACCACUGAAUUUAAUAAAUGUAAAAGUCGAGAGCAAAACUUAGAGGUCGAAUGGUUAUAUGAUGAGGAUGAAAAUGCAAUCAUAUUUGACAUUUCUCAUCAAAUAUUACCUGGCAAAUACAAUAUUACGAUCGUUAUCAGUAAUAAAAACAAGGAGAGUGAUUUAAUUGUUCUUAAUAUGCAAGAUGGUCGAUUCAUGUUUUUGAUUAAUUAUAAUAAGGCAAAUAAUCAAAUAUCAAUUCGGAAUAAUACUCGACAGUAUAAAAUAUUAGUGCAAUUGGCAGGAGAAAUAUCGCACAUAUGGCUAUCCAGAUUUAUUAAUGAUUAUGAUAAGACAGCAUUCGACAAAUGCGUUAGAUUACAACUCACACUUAGUGUGAAUGAAUACCCUAAUUCAUCGCAGAAAUAUUAUGAAGCAGUUUCAUCCAUAAUUUGUGAUAUUAAACAAAACUGCCCAAAGCAAGCAAUACAUAACGCAAAAAAACAAAUAUAUUUAACGAAUGAUACAGAUAAAAUAAAUGAACAUGAAGAAGCGAUAAUUGCUAGUGAGCAAUUAACAACUGAGGGAAAUGGCUGGUUUGAGUCGUCGUUGAUCACACUGGACAAUGCUGAAAGCGUGACCACUGAACAUAUUCCAAGCGAUAUGGCAGAAACUACGCAUAGAUUCCGAAAUAACUGUGGUCGCGAAGAUUCAAUGGUAUGUAUGAAAUAUUUCCAAUUGUAUUUUGAUAAAGUCGCAAAAUGGUCCGAGCAAAAUGAGGAAAAUUUUGAAGAUCAAUAUCAAAAGGUCUAA